GGGACAGAGACGUUUAUGUUGCCACAUAAACCUUCAACUUUCUCGGUACACUUUAUCUGAUAAUGAUGUCUCAAUAUCUUUGUUUGUGCUCUCAGUUCUCUUUUUGUGAGCGAUGUCAAGAUAGUUAACGAUAUAUAAGAGAUGGUCUUUGUCUUGUGAAACACCUGCACAAAGGGUAGGCUGAAGCUACAGGCUGAGAAGAGCAGAUAAUUCGGCACCAGGCUAUUAUCAUCUUCAACAUCAUCUUCACCAUGAAGAUGCUGACUGUGGCUGCACUUAUUUGCACCAUUAUGGCUCUGACUACAGCUGAUGAUCCUGCAGAAGCCAAAAUCCAGAAUGACCAAACAGCAGAGACAGACCUAGUCAAAAGGAUAUUUUGGUGUUCCCGUGGCUGGACUAAGAUCAAUGGCCGCUGUUUCCGCUACGUUUCGGCACUAUUGCGUUGGGUUGAUGCUGAGAGACACUGCCAGGCCAUGGGUGGAAACCUUGCAUCAGUACAUAGCUAUGGGGAGUACUGUAAGAUUCAGAAGCUGAUAGUUAGUGCCUGUCACGGGUAUAGGCAGGUAUGGAUCGGAGGCUCUGAUGCACAACAGGAGAAAGUUUGGCUGUGGAGUAAUGGUAAGCAAUUCAACUAUCAGUACUGGUGUCGUGGAGAGCCCAAUAACGCCUGGGGCAGGCAGCACUGUCUGCAAAUGAAUUAUUCAGCUCGAAGGUGCUGGGAUGAUGAUAAGUGCUACAAAAAAAAGCCAUCUGUCUGUGUCAAGAACCUCUGGUGAUUCCUGACAUACAGGCAUGGAGUAGCACAAACACUGCUGGAGGUGUGUUUAUGUGCAUAUUUUCAAAACCAUCUGUCUUUGUAUUGAUCAGUCUAAUAUGACCUGAAGGCUCUAUAACUCAUAUUGUUUCAUAUUAUUAUUUCAUUUCUAUUGCUGUAACGCUACUUAAGGAAUGAAGCGACAAGUUACGUAAUCAGAAGCUGGACUGCCUCUCAGCCCUUGCGCCUUUAAUAAGAGCAGAUUGAAUGUGUUUUGAAAGAAUGCUUUUAGCACUUCAUUCUUUAGAGUGAACAAGAGCUGCAACUAAUGAUCAUUGUCAAUUGUUUUCUCGAUUAAUCAAUUAGUCAUUUGGUCAUCUAUUAAACGCCAGAAAAUGGUGUAAAAUGUUCCCAGCACCCAAGAUGCAUCCUCAAAUAUCAGUAAACAACCCAAAGAUAUUCACUGUUUUUUUACUAUCAUAGAAGACUUAAAAAA